UUCCCGCGGGACUAUAAUUGAUCCGCGCUUGGCAGCUGCACUCAGUGACGAGCCACGGACACGGCCGCAGUCAUGGACAAGCGGAUGUGUUGGCUGGCGCUCUGCUGGUGGCUCGGCGGCAGCCUCGACAACAAGUACGGCGAGAGCAACGCCGGGGCCAGUGGCUACCCCUGGCCCAAGCCCCACACUUACAACACACGCUGGGACAAGGUGAAUUUUGAAGCACUGCUCGGCAGUCGGCGAUUGAUGCAACACUACUUCAAUUGUCUCAUGUCGAAGGGACCCUGUCCCCCGGAUGGGCUGGAGCUCAAACGUGCUCUCCCGGAAGCUUUGGCAAAUGCCUGUGCCAAGUGCAGCCAGAGCCAGAUAGAGACUUCCAUCAAGAUGAUUCGUUAUUUAAGAGAAUUCGAGCCUGUGAAGUUCCAAAUUCUUGCCAAUAAGUUCGAUCCCCGGGGUAUUUAUCGAAAAAGGUACCUCGAGCCACCAUCGCUGGACGACAACAGCCUCAACCGUUGAGAUUACAUAUAU